CAAAGCGUCAAUACAGGACUAAGAUCGAGUCGUAUUACAUCGGCUCUGACGCUCGUCGGAUGUGGCAGCGCCUGGACACCAUUACAGACUACAAAGGGAAGCACAGCCGAGAGCUGCCCAGUGACACGAGCUUGCCGGACAAGCUAAACUACUUCUAUGCUUGCUUCGAGGCAAAUAACACUGAAACAUGUAUGCGAGCACCAGCUGUACCGGAAGACUGUGAUCACGCUCUCCACAGCUGAUGUGAGUAAGACCUUUUGACAGGUCAACAUUCACAAAGCCGCAGGGCCAGACGGAUUACCAGGACGUGUACUGCGAGCAUGCGCUGACCAACUAUCAAGUGUUUUCACUGACAUUUUCAACCUCUCCCUGUCCGAGUCUGUAAUACCAACAUGUUUUAAGCAGACCACCAUAGUGCCUGUGCACAAGAACACUAAGGAAACCUGCCUAAAUGACUACUGACCCGUAGCACUCACGUCUAUAGCCAUGAAGUGCUUUGAAAGGCUGGUCAUGGCUCACAUCAAUACCAUCAUCCCAGAAACCCUAGACCCACUCCAAUUUGCAUACCGCCCCAACAGAUCCACAGAUGAUGCAGUCUCUAUUGCAAUCCACACUGCCCUUUCCCACCUGGACAGAAGGAACACCUAUGUGAGAAUGCUAUUCAUUGACUACAGCUCAGCGUUCAACACCAUAGUGCCCUCAAAGCUCAUCAAUAAGCUAAGGACCCUGGGACUAAACACCUCCCUCUGCAACUGGAUCCUGGACUUCCUGACGGGCCACCCCCAGGUGGUAAGGGUAGGUAACAACACAUCCGCCACGCUGAUACUCAACACAGGGGCCCCUCAGGGGUGCGUGCUCAGCCCCCUCCUGCACUCCCUGUUCACUCAUGACUGCACGGCCAGGCAUGACUCCAACACCAUCAUUAAAUUUGCCGAUGACACAACCGUAGUAGGCCUGAUCACCGACAACAACGAGACAGCCUAUAGGGAGGGGACCUGGCCAUGUGGUGCGAGGACAACAACCUCUCCCUCAACGUGAUCAAGACAAAGGAGAUGAUUGUGGACUACAGGAAAAAGAGGACAUAGCACGGCCCCAUUCUCAUCGACGGGGCUGCAGUGUAGCAGGUUGAGAGCUCCAAUUUCCUCGGUGUCCACAUCACCAACAAACUAACAUGGUCCAAGCACAACAUAAUAGUCGUGAAGCGGGCACGACAAAACCUAUUCCCCCUCAGGAAAUUGAAAAGAUUUGGCAUGGGUCCUCAGAUCCACAAAAGGUUCUACAGAUACACCAUCGAGAGCAUCCUGACUGGUUGCAUCACUGCCUGGUACUACAGAGUGUGAACGGCCCAGUACAUCACUGGGGCCAAGCUUCCUGCCAUCCAGGACCUCUAUACCAGGCGGUGUCAGAGGAAGGCCCUGACAAUUCUCAAAGACUCCAGCCACACUAGUCAUAGACUGUUCUCUCUCAUACCAAACGGCAAGCGGUACCGGAGCGCCAAGUCUAAGUUCAAUAGGCUUCUAAUCAGCUUCUACCCCCAAGCCAUAAGACUCCUGAACAUCUAGUCAAAUGGCUACCCAGACUAUUUACAUUGCCCCCCCUCCCCUCUCCACACCACUGCCACUCUCUGUUGUCAUCUAUCCAUAGUCACUUUAAUUAACUCUACCUCCAUAUACAUACUACCUCAACCAACCGGUGCCCCCGCACAUUGACUCUGUACUGGCACCCCCCCCCACUGUAUAUAUUGUUGUUUUUUACUGCUCCUCUUUAAUUACUUGUUACUUUUAUCUCUUAUUCUUAUCUGUAUCUUUUUAAACUGCACUGUCGGUUAGGGGCUCGUAAGUAAGCAUUUCACUGUAAGUUGUAUUCGGGGGAUGUGACUAAUAAAAUUUGAUUUGAUUUGAAAUUAUGAACACAGGCUCAGUUGUGGGAGGGGCCUCAGACUGUCUUCCCAGUGCAGUGGUCAGUGCUGCUUAAGUGUUUUCCCUAUAGUAUCCAGCACCUUUAUGUGCAGCAUCUCUGGGCACUUAGAAGAGAGAGUCAAGUGACUAACUCCAUCUAAAUCUCUCUCUCUCUCUGGUAAAAUGCAUUUCUGGCCUGUUCCCAUUCCAGUCCUAAGACCAGCAUUUUGCAUCUCAAUGAUUGAUGAUUGAUUUAUCCCCCCUGCCCCCUCUCUCAGCUCCAGCUUAAACUCACUCCAUUAAGAUGUGCACACUCAUCAGUUAUGAACUCUACCCAUCUUUGUCUCUUCUCUUUGUCUUGUUUACGCCCUCACAGUCAUGCACACUACCACAACUGAUAUCAUGAAAGUGUUGGUGGAUUGUAAAUUAAUGGAGAGCAUUGUUGCUAAAACUUGACAGACUUAAAGAGAAAUAGGAUGGAAAAACCUUAGGGCACUCUGUCUACCUCCCCUCUUCCCCCAAUUUGGGAAUCCAUCCAGUGUUAUGUUUGAUGUGAGUCUGCCUUUUUGUGCUAUAUGUGUCAAUGGGAGGUAGACACAGGCAGCGCCACACAGGGCAGGGCAGACUCCUUCACUCUAAGUGCUACUGGUCAUAUUCCAGCCAUCAGCGGAUGUGGAUCAAUGCCUGGUUUACAGCUUUACAUCAUCCUUAAAAUGCCUGGGCAAACAAGGAAACGCUCAGACGGUCAAUCAGAAACUAUUAGUAAAAAACACACAUCAUCCCUCCGGACUCGCUGCCCUCCUCCCCCCUCUCUCACUCAUCUUUCUCGCUCACUCAAACCGGAGACUGCACUAGAGGGAGAAUUCCUGUCUUGAUGGACCUGUGGGACGGACUUACCCAAAAAGGGAGACACAGGGGGUUCAGCCUGGGACAGAAUGUUUACUACAGAGGAUACUUCACAAAGGAUGUGGAGAUUUGGGAGAUGAGGAAUUAAGUAGUAUACCUUUGUUGUUUUUUUACUCAAAACCAUGCACUGGACCUGGAUUUAGAGGGACUUUUGGAAGACAAAAUAUUACCAACAAACUCACCUUUUUGCCUUCGCUGGAGAUCAAGGGGUUAAAUGAAUGGCAGCUGAAACAGAGUGACUGUUACUGGAUCUUUACCUUGUUCACCCAUGAAGAGCAUCGUCACUUGCAGAUUUCACCUGCUUUAACAGUGUGUGUGGGUGGGAGGAUGGGGGGAGUAAAGAGUGACCAAUAGAUUUCAGUGUUUGCAGCUAUUUUUCAGGCAUCUUCUUCAAUUCUUUAUUAGGAUGUUUUUUAGACACACACUUACAGCAGCAAACAUUUGUAAAGUUAUGGAAUACACAUCCUAUAUGUCCAGGGCUGGCCAAUAGAAAGCAUAUAAAGGUUCUUACUCAAAUCAAUCAGCCAUGGUGCUGGAUGGCAUGGAACUGAUUGCAAUUACUGUAGUCAUUGGCCUUUUUUUUGUAAUGUUCAAGCAGUUUGGUGUCUGGGAGCCCUUGUCAUUAGAUGAGAGUAGUGACUCUGAAUUGGAGCUUUCUACUGUUCGUCACCAGCCCGAAGGCUUAGAACAGCUCCAGGCCCAGACCCAGUUUACCAGGAAAGAGCUGCAGUCACUCUACAGAGGCUUCAAAAAUGAAUGUCCUAGUGGGCUGGUGGAUGAGGAGACGUUCAAGACCAUCUAUUCACAGUUCUUCCCCCAGGGAGAUGCCACCACAUAUGCACAUUUCCUGUUCAACGCUUUUGACAUGGACAGAAAUGGCUCUAUCCGUUUUGAGGACUUUGUGAUUGGACUAUCUGUACUGCUCAGAGGUUCAGAAACAGAGAAACUCCUGUGGGCCUUCAAUCUGUAUGAUAUCAACAAGGAUGGCUGCAUCACCAAGGAGGAGAUGUUGGCCAUAAUGACGUCCAUCUAUGACAUGAUGGGCAGGUAUACCUCUCCCAGUGUACGAGAUGAUGACCCAUCUGAGCAUGUGGACAAGUUCUUUCAGAAAAUGGAUCGGAACAGAGACGGGGUGGUGACCAUUGAUGAGUUCAUAGAGACCUGUCAGAAGGAUGAAGAUAUCAUGGCCUCCAUAAAGCUCUUUGAGAAUGUCAUCUAGGUCUAGGAAUGGAUAGAGAACACAGAUAUAUGUCAAGAUGACCUUUAAUUGAUUCCAAUAGCAGAACCUACAAGCCCCUCCGCACUUUACCCCUCACCGUUGGAUAAUAGAAGAUUAUUUACACACAUCAAAAUGAGGACAGUAAACAUUUAGCAUGUGGCAUAGGGAAAUGUGACUCUAAACGUUUGACUCCACUAUGUAUGGGAAAACAAUCCCUAAAAAUGGUCCUGCUGAUAGUUCUACUUUCCUUACCUUUUUUUCUCUCCAAUGUUUACUAACGACAUGCCACUGACUUUGAGUAAAGCCAGAGUGUUUAUGUAUGUGGACUCAACACUAUACAGGUCAGCUACUACAGCGACUGAAAUGAUUGCAACACUUAACAAAGAGCUGCAGUUAGUUUCAGAGCGGGUGGCAAGGAAUAGGUUAGCCCUAAAUAUUUCUAAAACUAAAAGCAUUGUAUUUGGAGCAAAACACUCACUUGACCCUAAACCUCAACUAAAUCUUGUAAUAAAUAAAUGUGGAAAUUGAGCAAGAUGAGAUGACUAAACUGCUUGGAGUAACCCUAGAUUGUAAACACUAUCAACAAGGCAGGUCCUACAGGCCCUAAUUUUGUCGCACCUUGACUACUGUUCAGUCGUGUGGUCAGGUAGGACCACAAAAUAGGACUUAGAAAAAUUGCAAUUGGCUCAGAACAGGGCAUGCACGGCUGGCCCUUGGAUGUACACAGAGAGCUAAUAUUAGUAAUAUGCAUGCAAAUCUCUCAUGGCUGAAAGUGGAGGAGAGAUUGACUUCAUCACUACUUUUAUUUAUGAGAGGUUUUGACAUGUUGAACGCACCGAGCUGUCUGUCUAUACUACUGGCACACAGCUCGGACACCCAUGCACCCCACAAGACAUGCCACAAGAGGUCUCUUCACGGUCCCCAAGCGCAGAACAGACUAUGGGAGGCACACAG